AUGAUGUUAACCGAGUCCGAAUACUGUCUGGCCGCUCACUUAGCCAACAAGUACUUCACUACAGGCUUCUCCCUUCUUGCCUCCCCAUCUCAUCCACCUCCACCCACACAACGUCAUCGUGGUGACACGAAUGUUGGUGCAAGCACUUCUCCCUCAUCCUCUCGUUCAUCCUCAUCUCGACAACAUCAUAAUCGACAGAGUCGUCAACCUGGAAGGCAUCGAGGCAACAGGAGGAGACAGCCGCCACUAAAUGGUCAGGAUGGUGUCUACUUGGUUAAUGAUGAGGAUGAUAGUCACGAUCUUCUGCUUUCUCCUUAUCCGAGGCAUUUGGAUUGCGUUGAUGGUCAACCCACUCCUUGGAGUUCUUCCAGCAACAGCCGUUCUCCCUCCCCAACCUACAAGGAACACCCCACUUCUCUUGAUCAAGUUGUCGAUGAAGAAGUGGAUGAAGAAUUUGAAGAGGAAGAGUAUCUUGAUGAUGAUGAUGAUGACCACAAGGUAGUCAGCGACGACGAAAUUGGUGUUCGAGCUCUUCUGCCUACCUCCAACUCCUCAAUUUCAGCUAUUCAUUCCCGGCAUUCCCACGGUACUGAUGUAAAUAGCAGACGACGAAUAAAGAAGAGGGAGAAAGUGGGUGGUAGUGGAAGAAGUAGAAGGAAGAGCAGUAGUGACUCAUCUAGUUCAAGCUCCAGUCUUACCAGCAGCUCUUCGUCUCAAACUUCUAAUUCUCCAGAAGAAGAAGAAGAAGAGUCAUUUUCGUCGUCGGAAGAGGGGAGUGCUUCGAAUAGUGAGGACUCGUCGGCGUCCCAAUCGAGCUCUCUUUCGUCUUCUCCUGGGAGAGUUGCGUCAACGAGAAUGGAAAGUGUCUACUCGACUUCACCAAGUGUAAAAGUCAUCGAUCCAGUAGAAGUUCUAAGCAAAGUCACUCAUCGAAGUAUAGAUGAAAUCCUCUCACUUCCAGCUCAUCGUCGUCGGCGUCUAUUGGUCAGUUUGGUUCGUGCGGCGAAGUCAACUAAUUAUAUGUUGCUGCGAUUGAACAACGAGUUGGCCGGUGAGUUACAGGAACUCUGUGAUCAACACACAAACUUGAAUGCCCAAGUUCGCCAUCUCUCUGAACUGGGGCCGUAG